CUGGCGCCCUAGCAACGGGUUCCAAGCCACUGUCUCGCCGUAAUAAGUGGCCUUCCCAGGAGUUCUCGUCCAACCAGCCGGUCUAGGCUCCUCCCGGUCCACGGUUCUUCCUUAUCAUUCCCGCUUCUCCCUUCCACUGGUUCAAUCUCGCCUUCUGGUGUGUGUUCCCGAGCCCUGAGGCGGUUCCUAAAAUGAGUACUCGUUUCCGCAUGGGAACCAACCCCUGGCGCCUCAGGCUCGCCCGGCCCGGGCUGAGGUGGCUGCUGGGGCUGGGGCUGUUCCUGGGGCUUCAGGCUUCCCGCAGCGCAGCUUUCUACCUCCCCGGGUUGGCUCCAGUUAACUUCUGCGAGGCAUCCCGAGAGACUGCAACCUGCAAGUCCACAGUAGCACUGUUUGUAAAUAGAUUGGACUCCGUGGAAUCUGUCCUACCUUAUGAAUACAAUACCUUUGACUUCUGUAAAGACUCUGAAAAGAGAAACCCUUCUGAAAAUCUUGGACAAGUGCUAUUUGGAGAACGAAUAUCAUCAUCUCCUUAUAAGUUUCCUUUUAACAGGACAGGAACAUGCAUAAAAGUUUGUGUAAAAUCCUAUGAUACAGCAAAUGAUGACCAGGAGAAAAAGCUGGCCUUUUUGAGGAAAGGAAUACGACUGAAUUAUCAGCAUCACUGGAUUAUUGACAAUAUGCCUGUAAUAUGGUGCCGUAAUACAGGGGAUGGAACAAAGUGCUGCACACCAGGAUUUCCGAUAGGAUGUUUUAUUACCAAAAGUGGCGAAUCGAAACAUGCCUGCCUUAUCCAUCCUGAAUUCAACAAAAGUAAUGUUUACUUCCUCUUCAACCACGUUGAUAUUACUAUUGCAUACCACAAGGACAGUGGAAGAAAUGGGGGUUUUGCGAGAUUGGUUUCUGCUAGACUUGAGCCCCAAAGCUAUAAGCAUUCAGGUGAAGGCCGCCUAGCCUGUAAUGGACCCCCUAUGGAAAUUCCUGAAGAACAUACAGAGAAGUUUAAUGUAACCUACACUUACUCUGUGCAAUUUGAAGAAAACAAAAGCAUCAAGUGGGCAUCUAGGUGGGACUACAUUUUGGAUUCCAUGCCUCAUACCAACAUUCAGUGGUUGAGUAUUAUGAAUUCCUUUGUUAUCAUUCUCUUCUUAUCUGGCAUGGUGGCUAUAAUUAUAUUGAGGACUCUUCAUAGAGAUAUUAUCAGAUACAAUGAGAUGAGUUCUUCUGAAGACGCCCAGGAGGACUUUGGUUGGAAGCUGCUUCAUGGGGAUGUAUUCAGACCACCAAGGAGUAGAAUGUUGCUGUCAGUUUUCCUGGGCCAAGGAACACAAGUUUUGAUCAUGACAUUUAUCACCUUAUUUCUGGCCUGCCUUGGUUUUCUAUCCCCCUCCAACCGAGGCGCUUUAAUGACCUGUGCCGUUGUGCUCUGGGUCCUUCUGGGAACCCCUGCUGGAUAUGUGUCUGCAAGAAUGUAUAAGACACUUAAAGGCGUUAAAUGGAAGACAAACUUUUUGCUGACGGCACUAUUAUGUCCUGGUGUCGUCUUUGCCGACCUCUUUUUUAUGAACGUGAUUCUUUGGGUGGAAGGUUCAUCGGCUGCCAUCUCCUUUGGUACUCUGAUAGGGAUUCUUGCAAUGUGGUGUGGAAUUUCAGUACCCCUAACAUUUGUGGGUGCGUACUUUGGAGCCAAGAAAAAGUUUAGGUUUCCAGUUUGCACGAACCAGAUUCCCCGUCACAUUCCUCAGCAGAGUUUUUUUACGAAACCACUGUUUGGCAUCAUGAUCGGUGGCAUUUUACCUUUUGGCUGUGUUUUCAUUCAACUCUUUCUCAUUCUGAACAGUAUUUGGUCUCAUCAAAUGUACUUCAUGUUUGGCUUCCUUUUCUUGGUCUUUAUAAUUCUCCUGAUUACCUGCUCAGAAGCUGCGGUUCUGCUGUGUUAUUUCUACUUGUGUGCUGAGGAUUAUCACUGGUGGUGGAGAGCCUUUUUCACUAGCAGUUUUACAGCUGUUUAUCUUCUGAUAUAUACAGUUCAUUACUUCUUCACCAAACUUCAAAUCACAGGCAUGGCAAGCGCCAUUUUGUAUUUUGGGUACACGAUGGUCAUGGUCCUGAUUUUCUUCCUUUUCACAGGUAACCACAGAAUGACUUCAUGCAUUUCACACUCUCUGAAGAGACUUGGAGAUAGCCAUAAUGUGAUAAGCAUCAAUUAACGACUAAUGGGAGGAAUAGGGAACAAAGUCAUCAUGUUCAUUUUUAUGCUUUGGGGAUAAAAGAUUGUAAAGCCUGGGGAACCGGAGGGACCUGAUGUACUUAGCUUCAAGAUUGUCCCUUGUGAAUGUUUCUAAACAGUAGGGAUGUGUUCCAAAGCACAUAAAGGGUUAUGUGUAAUCACCUUUGAAUAGCCUCCAAGCAUAAAAAUGAACUGACUUGAAUAACUUUUAAAUUAGCAAAAGUAAAUGAAGCAAAUGUGUGGCCAUAUAAGCAAUUAGAUGUGAGGGACAAGAUGUAUACUCCCCAGGAUUACUCAUUUGGGGUUGUUAUUUGGGUUCAAGAUGUGACAGCAGCCUUUCUGUAAAUGAAGGCUUGUUGAAGUAUGUGACAAAAUGGAGUGGUUUAUAAAAUGAUCCGGUUAAGGAAAUUAUGAGGUCAGAGAGCUUGGAACCCUUUUCAGUACAAGUGAGGCAGUGUUCCAUCUCUAUCUGCCUCACGUUUUUAAAAAAAAGAGUUUAUUAUUUUAUAUUUUCUUUUUUUAGAUGUUAUUUUUAAGUAAUCUCGAUACCCAAUAUGGGGCUUGAACUCACAACCCCGAGGUCAAGCGGCACAAGCUCUUGGGGCGCCUGGGUGGCUCAGUCAGUUGGGUUUCUGACUUCGUCUCAGGUUAUGAUCUCGUGGUUUGUGGGUUCUAGUCAUCAGUGUGUCCACUAUACUGACAGCUCGGAGCCCUGAGCCUGCUUCGGAUUCUGUGUUUCCCUCUCUCUGUCCCUCCCCCACUUGCGCUCUGUCUCUCUCUCUCAAAAGUGAAUAAACAUUAAAAAAAUUAAAAAAGAGUCGCAUGCUCUUAUGACUGAGCCAACCAGGCACCCAUCUACCUGCUUCACUUAAAAAAAAAAAAUGUUGUACUUAUUUUUGAGAGAGAGAGCGCGCGCGCGCGCGCACAAGCGGGGGAGGGGCAGAGGGAGAGGGGGACAGAGGAUCCAAAGCAGGCUCCAGGCUGACAGCAGCAAGCCCGAUGUGGGACUGGAACCCACAAACUGUGAGAUCAUGACCUGAGCCGGUCGGAUGCUCGUCAACCGGCUGAGCCAUCCGGGCACCCCAUACUUUUUCUUCAUUUUUAAGUUCUAGUUUCAGCUCAAGUCACAGGUCAUUUUGACACAUUUUAAGUUACUGUCUUGGAUUUUAAGUCUCAGGGUCAACAAAUGUGUAAAAAUGCACAGUGGAAACUUGUCAGAAAUCCAAGCCGAGAGGGGCGCCUGGGUGGCUCAGUUGGUUAAGUGUCCAAUUCUUGGUUUCGGCUCAGGUCAUGAUCUCACAGUUCAUGGGAUCGAGCCCCAUGACAGGCUCUGUGCUGAUAGCCUGGAGCCUACUUGGGAUUCUCUCUCUCUCUCUCUCUCUCUCUCUCUGCCUCUCUCCUGUGUGCGUGUGCACUCUCUCUCUCUCUCUCUGUAAAAAGAAAUAAACUUAAAAAAAAAAAAAGAAAUCAAAGCCCUGAGACAGGUGUAAAUGUCACCGGAGAAACCAAGGCAUCUUGGUGGCGGCUCCUUUUUGAUACCGUAUUACCCGUGAGCUGCCGGUCUCAACUCCUCAGUACACAGAAGGCUGUGCAGACUUUCUCUCGUCUCUCAGCCACUGGACAUUCUACACCCCUCGUGUCUUCUGUUUUGGAUUUCUCCCCCAGGGACCGACUGGCUUUUAUAUUUGGGUGAUAGGGAGUUGGCUGUGUUGAGCACGGUAAUUUCAGGCUUCUGUUUUCUUCAUUACCUAGCACUUUGACUCCGGUUGCUUUUUUUCUGGAAGCCUCGUAUUACAACAGCUUCUUUCUGAACGUAGGUGGAAUCCCGGAUGGUCACACUGCGGGCAGAAAUCUUCUCCCAUUGGUUGGCUCCACCGUUUGCGGUGUCGUCUGUCACCCUCCCCCCGAAU